UCCUAGCAGCUGCCUAGCGGAAGAACAAGAAAAGAUGUCUGAAUAUAUUCGAGUAACGGAAGAUGAGAAUGAUGAGCCUAUUGAAAUACCAUCAGAAGAUGAUGGGACAGUGCUGCUGUCCACAGUUACAGCCCAGUUUCCGGGGGCAUGUGGUCUGCGCUACAGGAAUCCAGUGUCUCAGUGUAUGAGAGGCGUCCGGCUAGUAGAAGGAAUUCUGCAUGCACCUGAUGCUGGCUGGGGAAAUCUGGUGUACGUUGUCAACUAUCCCAAAGAUAACAAAAGAAAAAUGGAUGAAACUGAUGCUUCAUCAGUGGUGAAGGUGAAAAGAGCAGUCCAGAAAACAUCCGAUUUAAUAGUGUUGGGCCUUCCAUGGAAAACAACUGAACAGGAUCUAAAAGAAUAUUUUAGUACCUUUGGAGAAGUUCUUAUGGUGCAGGUCAAGAAAGAUAUUAAAACUGGUCAUUCAAAAGGGUUUGGCUUUGUUCGUUUUACGGAAUAUGAAACCCAGGUGAAGGUAAUGUCACAGCGACAUAUGAUAGAUGGACGAUGGUGUGACUGUAAACUUCCUAAUUCUAAGCAAAGCCCAGAUGAGCCUUUGAGAAGUAGGAAGGUGUUCGUUGGGCGUUGUACAGAGGACAUGACUGCUGAUGAGUUGCAGCAGUUCUUUUGCCAGUAUGGAGAAGUGGUAGAUGUCUUCAUCCCCAAACCAUUCAGGGCUUUUGCCUUUGUUACAUUUGCAGGUGAUCAGGUUGCCCAGUCUCUUUGUGGAGAGGACUUGAUCAUUAAAGGAAUCAGCGUACAUAUAUCCAAUGCUGAACCUAAGCACAAUAGCAAAAGACAGUUAGAAAGAAGUGGAAGAUUUGGUGGUAAUCCAGGUGGCUUUGGGAAUCAGGGUGGAUUUGGUAACAGUAGGGGGGGUGGAGCUGGGUUAGGGAACAAUCAAAGUAGUAACAUGGGCGGAGGGAUGAACUUUGGCGCUUUCAGCAUUAAUCCAACUAUGAUGGCUGCAGCCCAGGCAGCGUUGCAGAGCAGCUGGGGUAUGAUGGGGAUGUUAGCCAGCCAGCAGAACCAGUCAGGCCCAUCAGGGAAUAACCAAAGCCAAGGCAACAUGCAGAGGGAGCCAAAUCAGGCCUUUGAUUCUGGAAAUAACUCUUACAGUGGCUCUAAUUCUGGUGCAGCAAUUGGUUGGGGAUCAGCAUCAAAUGCAGGGUCAGGCAGUGGUUUUAAUGGAGGCUUUGGCUCAAGCAUGGAUUCCAAAUCUUCUGGCUGGGGAAUGUAGACAGUGGGUUGUGGUUAGUUGGUAUAGACUGGUGGGAAUAAAAAAUUUUCUAAACUCAUGGUAAGUAUAUUGUAAAAUACAUAUGUACUAAAAUUUUUCAGAAUUGGUUUGUUCAGUGUGGAGUAUACUCAGCAGUAUU